AUGGGCUGCCACUUUGCCGGGGUCCCAUUGAGCUUCGGCUGGCCCUUCUCCAACACCGUGUGCAAGAUGAGCGGGUUUGUGCAGGGUGUUUCUGUGUCAGCGUCCGUCUUUACGCUGGUGGCCAUCGCCAUUGAAAGGUUUCGUUGUAUCGUGUACCCUCUACAGCCGAAGCUCACCCUCUUUGUCGCCAAGGUGGCCAUAGUGUCAAUUUGGGUGUUGGCCAUCGCCAUCAUGUGUCCGGCCGCCGUGGCGCUGACCGUGGACAAAGUCCCCUUUCAUUACAUGGUGUACAAUGAGGACUUCAAUCGCACCACGCCCUUGUACACCUGCUACGAAAACUUCGCAAACCCCCAGAUGAGAAAGGUCUACACGGCGGUCCUGUUCGCCCACAUCUACUUGGUGCCCCUCACAGUGAUCACGCUGAUGUACGUCGGCAUCGGAAUCAAGCUGUGCUCCUCUGUGGUGGCGAACAGAGAGCUGCAGCCCGCCAACGCCACCGUCCAGGCGGGCGGCCGGAGACACGGCCCGUCGACGGUGUCCAACAAGAAGAUAAAGGUGAUAAAGAUGCUGGUGGUGGUGGCUCUGCUCUUCAUGCUGUCCUGGCUGCCGCUCUGGACCCUCAUGAUGAUGGCAGACUACGGGGGCCUGGACAGGGACAAGCUGGACCUCCUGACCAGCUACGUCUUCCCCUUCGCCCACUGGCUGGCUUUUUCCAACUCCAGCGUCAACCCCAUCGUCUACGGGUACUACAACAAGAACUUCAAGAGGGGCUUCAAGGCGGUGUGCAAGUCCAGGCCGGUGUGCUGCACCCCGCAGCUGAGGAGCCGGCUGGCCCGGUGGGGGAGGAGGGGCCGCUCCGUGCACGGCCCCUGCGAGGCCUCCGACUUAAGAGACAGCUCGAACAAUCCCAACAACUUCAUGCUGGGGCUGAGGAACCGCGUCCACAACAACAACAAGCUGAGCGACACGGCGCAGGGGACGGGGGGCACGCGGGUGGGCUGCGUGGCGGUGCACUCGGGGAGGACCGUGUCGGAUCAAGGGUUCGAAAUGGCAACGCUGAACAAGAAGAGCAGCAACGGGGAGGGCUCGGAUAAGGUGAGCUCGCUGGCUGUGUCGGUGUAUCAGGCGUGGGAUAACUGA